GUGCGAUCACGUCGUGGCCGUGGAAAUGCCGGAGAACGACGAUCGAACACGCGACCAACCGGUCGACAGGCUUCCGCGAUACAUCCUGCUGCUGCUGGCCACCCUUUCCGCGUUUUCGAUCGGCACGUAUCUCGCAUGGGGCUCGUCAGCGUUGCCGAUUCUAAAUAAAAUUGACCGGUUGGCGGUGACCGAACAGGAAUCGUCCUGGAUCUGCGCCUCGGUGCCCUUAGGCGCCAUAGUUGGCAGCCUGCCAGCGAGGAUAAUCGCGGACAAGAUCGGUCGGAAGAAGAGCAUUCUGCUAAACAGCCUGGUGUUAUCGUUAUGCUGGUUCGUUAUCGGGUUUGCACGGAGCAAACUAUGGAUAUUUCUGUCUCGCGUCGUGGCCGGUGCAGCUUGCGGUGCGUCCUCCAUCGUGGUUCCUAUAUAUAUUUCCGAAAUUGCGGACGAUAGCAUCAGGGAAUCCCUGUGGACGAUUUUUCAGUUCCAGAUCGCUCUGGGGGUUCUGUUCGCGUACGUAACAGGUUUCAGCGACAGUUUUCUCGUGAUCGCCCUUCUAUGUGCUUUGGUACCCGGAGUUCUGUCGAUCGCGACCUACCCGAUCCCUGAAUCCCCGGUUUGGUUGACCUCGAAGGGUCGUCGAAGAGAGGCUGACGAGAUCGCGAAACGUUUCGGUGGUGGACAAUGUCUGGACAAAGAAGACACCUGGAGAACAGGGACCGUUUUGGAGCUGAGAAACCACGCGUGGGCUACGAUCAUAGCUCUGGGUUUGAUGAUUUUCCAGCAGCUGUCAGGAGUUAACGCCCUCGUGUUCUACGCGACGACGAUAUUCGAGCACGUGGGGUUCCCUUUGAGCUGGACAAUUUCUGCCUUUAUCGUGGGAUUGACAUACGUGAUCGCUACGCUGCUUUCGACGACCAUCGUCGAUCGUAUGGGGAGGAAACUUUCACUGUUUUUUGGCAUGACCACCAUGGCCAUCUGCAUGUUCGUCUUAUCUGGAUAUUUCCGUCUUCAAAAAACUCACGACGUAUCGAGCUUCAGCUGGCUACCUUUUCUCUCUCUCGCGAUCUUCUUCGCCGGCUACAGCGUCGGUUGCGGAUCGAUACCUUGGAUCAUCGUGGACAAGAUUUUCCCAAACGACGUCAAAUGGACGGCCAUUUCCGCGAGCGUGACUUGCAACUGGAUAUCGGCGACUAUCGCGACGAAAUGUUACCACGACAUGGUGGUUUUCAUGGGAAUGUCCUCGACGUUUGCCACUUUCGGAAUGGUCAGCCUGAUCGGUAUCUUGUUCGUCGCCAUUUUCGUACCGGAAACCGAGGGGAAAACCAUCGAAGAGCUACAGAACGAGCUGCACGAUUGCCAUCGGCAUCGCGUAACCUGUAUUUAGAGCUCGUCGUUUGAUCUUAGAAAAUAAUUAAAUUAAUAACAAUCGAAGCAACUCGAAUUUUUUAAUUAAAAAAGUUUAUACUGCAACGGAGUUGUAACAUUGUAAAUGAAAAGUAAUUGUUGUAAUAUAUUACUCCAAGCCGAAGUUAAAUGAUAAUUUGAUAACAUUGAGGGUAGUGCUUGAAUCGAUCAAUAAGGGAGCUAAAUUAACGUAAAGUUUACGAUACCGGCAAAGCCACGGGGAAGAUAUUAUGUUUCAGACCUGAAUUAUGUUUCGAGAAAGCUUGGAAGCCGUGGGAACUUCCGUGGCUUAAAGGUUUCUGUAAAUUAUUGCGGUAGAAUGUCGGUUUAUUUCCAACCGAACGUAAUUGGGUUCUGACUGCAUUCGAAAAUUUAAUUAGACUAUCUCACCCAAAGCUGCUUGUACCUGCAACGGGGAAUUGUUGCAACUGGCUUCCGGGUAUAAUUGACUAAUUGGAUUUUGAGUAAACGAGCCCUGAUGUUAAUUAUUGCAGAAAGUAUUGUAGAAUCAAGUAACCGAACUCGAUGAAAAAAUACGAAACUAUUUAAAACAAUGCAAAUUCAUACCCUGGAACUGAAUAAAUUUCCCAACAAAUACACGCUGCUCAAAGAAUAUUUACAGGAAUAUAACGUAACAGUAUAAGUUUAGUAGACCCAAAAAUUCGAAAGAAAUGAACUUGGGUCCAUUCACUAAAAAUCUUUUGGUAAUUAAAAUUAUUUAUCACUCAAUAA